CCAUCUGAUGGCAGGAUGUGACGACACGGAAUAGGGAAAUGGCGGCAUCGGUUAAUAAUAAGAAACGAAAGAUAGAAGAUUCGAAGGAUUCCGUUCACGAUACGAUCGAGAAUCUGGAGAAUUUUCGUUUAAAGAGAAUAUUAAGUGAGGAUACGUCGAAUAAAAUUAUAUUUUUAGAAGGGAGUUUCGCGGGAGACGACAGAUCGGCCGUUUUGAUUUUGGAGAAGACUUCCUUUGUUAAAGAUAAAUUAAGUGGUUGGUUGAGUGGCGAAACGUCGCUACAGAAAGUUUUCGCUAACGACAUAUAUGGAUCUUAUCAAGGUUUUACCAAAGCCGAUCUUAACAGUAUCAAGGCCACUAUAAUUCAUCCUGCCAGUGAAAAACAUAUUCAAAAGUAUUCUCAUCAGCCACUCCAUUUUAUUACAGAAACUAUAGAAAUGUACAAAAAUGUGACGCUUCCAUAUUUGGAAACAAAACAAUUUUCAUUACAGUGGGUUUAUAAUAUCUUGGAACAUAAAUCGGAAGUAGAUCGUAUAAUUUGUGAAGAUGAUGAUCCAGACGUUGGUUUUAUAUUAAUACCGGAUUUAAAGUGGGAUGAAAAUCAGAAAAAUAGCUUGUACAUUGUGGCAGUAUGUCGUAAAAAAGGUUUGCGUUCGUUAAGAGAUUUGACUGCCGAACAUAUUCCUCUGUUGAAAAAUAUAAAAUCCAAGUGUCUGGUUGCAAUUAAAGAGAAGUACGACAUUCCACCAUCGCAGAUUCUCUCCUAUUUACAUUAUCAACCAUCUUAUUAUCAUUUGCAUAUCCAUUUCACAGCACUGAUGUCUAAUAUUCCUGGAACAAAAGCAGACAGAGCACAUCUUGUUGAUUCAGUAAUUUCUAAUUUAGAGAUCGCAUCUGAUUAUUAUCAAAAAGUAACAUUGUGUUAUUCUCUUAAAGAUGAUGAUGACUUUUUGAAAAUUUUACAAAAACAAGAACAACUUUGUAGUGAUAAAAUAGAAUAAAAGUUGUAAAAAUUUUA